AUGAAUUUCGAUCAAGAUUUCAGGCCGAGCGGCUUCCAAGACACCACCUUGAAACCUGCUCCAAAACGCAUCGUCAUUUGCUGCGAUGGCACAUGGCAAUCGUCCGUUACUAACGUUGACAAUGUUCCGUCAAACAUAACCCGGAUCGCACGAUACCUCCUUAAGGUUGGCAAGGAUGCGAAGGGCGAGCAAUGGCAGCAGCUUGUUUACUACGAUGCCGGCAUUGGCGUACAACUCAUUGUAUUGAAUUACAAUCCCGGUGAUCAGAUGUUCUGCUUCGGAUUCUCGCGUGGCGCCUAUACGGCGCGUGCUGUUGCUGGGUUAGUCACAGACAUUGGCAUUGUCAAGCCGAGAGAUAUGCAGGACUUUCCGGAACUGUACCGUACCUAUCAGCACUACAAGAACAGCAACAUGUUCAGGAAGUCAAAAGCAUGGCGCGAGUGGGUCAACGGCGUGCGCCUCUUCGAUGCAGCUCAGAAAGACCUUCCUGAAGGAUUUAGACAAUCUCCAUAUCAAUGGAAGAAACGACCUCAUGGUGCAGCACCAGAGUCAACUCGGUGGGUUGAAGCCGUUGGUGUCUUCGAUACCGUCGGAUCCCUCGGUGUCCCGGAUGUAGAAGGCUGGUUCAGGUAUACCAUCAACUUCCUGGCUCAAAAGAUUCCUGCCGAGGAAUUUGGCUUCCGAAAUGUCGCGCUCAGCCCUUACAUCAAACACGCGUACCAUGCAAUGGCCCUGGAUGAGCACAGGAAACCCUUCGAUACCACCAUGUGGCAUCUCUAUGCAAGUGACGGCACAGCAAAAGCUCAUAAGCCAGUGUCUGAGCUGAAAGAGAAAUUGACCCAGCUUCGCGACACGGACGAUACUCCUGAAGCCGAGAUUCAGAAAGCCUGGGAAAACCUUGUUAACGCUGAAAUGCACGAAGAGCUCAGAGGCAGCAAUUCAGAACUCAAGCAAGUCUGGUUCCCUGGCGUCCACAUCAAUAUUGGUGGAGGAAGUGAUGAUGUCUUUAAAGACAAACUAGGCGACUUUGAGCAAAUCUCUACUAUCACGCUCGCUUGGAUGUUAGAGCAACUCAAAGAGCAUCUCGCUUUCGAACCGAACGCCGUAACCCUCUUGAACCAGGAUCGCCUCUUCCUCUUGCAACCCAUCAUCGAGAACAGAACUGACCUUUGGAACGACGGCAACAAGACGCGAUCCAAGGUGCUCGCGGCAGACGCGUUGCAAGGCUGGGGAACGGGACCCAUCGUCGACAGCUUCGAAGGUAAUAUGAAGAAAGCUGGCUCAAAGUACCGCACACCAGGCGAAUACCGCGACGAGAACCCUCCUGAAGGCGCAACAGGAAAAACGGAAGAGGAGGUCCAUCCCACUGUAUGGUACAGAAUGCAGCAGCUAGGCAACGAGUAUCAGCCCGUACCACUCAAGGGCUUCAAGCGCGAACAGAACAAGAGCGCGGAUGGCGUGAGCUACGAGUGGGUGAAAGGCAGCUUACGGAUCCCGGAGUCCAAGAUUGGUGGUAUGCAGAGUAUUGAGAGGGCGUGCCUGGUAGGUGACGCGGCGAAGAAGUUCAUGGGUGGCUUGGAUAAGGAGUAUGGUGUUGAUUCGUGGGAGGUGAAGGCUCUGGACGAACCACUGGAGGCGCCGGAGUCGAGACAGAAUCAUGGAUUCCAACCUAAUCAUGGUUUAUAA